CAGCCGUCGUCCACGCUCGUGGCAACGCGGGUCGUUCGUCGUGUCCGACGACAAACUAGCGACUCCUCUUCGUUCUGAACACACUCGCCCCUGUCUGCAAAUAAAUAGGGGAUUAAAUAGGCCAUGGAACGGCCAGCGGCUAUCUCGACACGAAGGUCAUACGACAGCGACGAGACGCCGAGAGCGCCGUCGCGAGGGAUAGCGGCGCUGUCGUCGACCGAGCGGGAGCGGGAACGAGACGGGUCGUCCAAGAGGCUCGCCAUCUUCGGUGACAAGCUCUCGUCGCAGUCGCCCGCCAUCUCCCGCGCCUCUCCAGUCCCGUCCCAACUACAUCUCCUCCAGCCGCCACCGCGUACUACAUCCCACUCCCGGCGUGACUCUUCUCUGUCCCUCAACAGCCUCAGAGACGCCACAGCAUCGCCUUUGCUAAUGGCCUCUGGCACCCCGUCCAAGGUCCACCAGUCCCCGUCAAAGGGUUCUACCCGGACCUAUGAUGCUAAACUCGUCUCGAGGGAGAUGCAUCGUCUCGGCAAUCUCGCACAUCUACCCUCUUCCUUAGCCCCCGCCUUGUCCUCUUCCUCAUCUACCACUCUCAACGCUACACCCAUGCCCGCAGCGAACAGUGCAUCCAACUCGUCCGCCGAUAACCCGUGGGGAAUGCUUCACGUCCUUGUCUUGCCCCUCUUUAACGGCGAGCCGCUCAGAGUACCCAUUGAAGACCUUAAUACUUUAGUGAAGCGCCACAUACAGACCGUCAUGUCGAACCCGUCGAAGGCCAUCUCCACCCUUGAAGCCGAGGCUUCGGAGCUCAUAGCGUCUGGCAUGGACACUCUGAACGGAAAGCUCGCGGGGUUGGACGACGAGAAACUCGUGGCACGAGUCGUCGGCAUCUGGGGAUUCUUCUGGGAUCAGGUCUUGCCCUACGUCGAAGGAGUCCUCCUCCCUCUACAAACGGAACCAAUCCUCGCCACUCUGUACCGCACACCAAAGACCCAUCGGAACUCCUCACCAUCGCGUCAGAACGGCAAAGGCUCGAUGAACAUGACUUCCCAUCUCCCCCACUCUCCAUACCCAAUCGACGUCCGAACUCUCGCUCUCCGUUCCUUCCGAGACAAAGUCAUCCUGCCCCUAUUCUCCCAACUCAACGCGCUCCUAAACUCACCAAAACAAUCCGCCUUCACCGAGAGCCACACCUACCCGCGGCUCCAACAAAUGCUCCUCGUCCUCGUCUCCCAAGGCCGCCGCCCCCAAACCUCCCUAUCCCUCACCGCCCCAGCGCCCCAACCCACCCCCGGCGAAGCAGCCGUAACCCACCUCCUCCUCCUCGUCCGCGCCUCCACCGGCGCCCGUCUCUCCCUCGGGAUGACCCAUGGCCACCCCCGCCAAGCCCGAGCCCCGUCCUUCCUCUCCGCCGCCAUCCCCCGCGAUCGACGCGGUCGUAUAGCGCAACGUCCCCGGCCGCGUCCGAUGUCCCUGCCGCUUAACCCUGAAGUAUCGUCGGGCGAUGAUUUGGACGAGUUGGAUGGAGGGGGCGAGACGCCGAGGACGGGGUAUGCGGGGGCGGGGGUGGGGGCGACAUUAGGAGGAGGGGGAGGAGGGAGGGAGAGGGAGAGGGAUAGAGAGUUUUUGGAGGCGUUGAAGAGUCCGGAUCCGAAGAUGGCGGGGAGCGGGAACGGGAACGGUGCGGGGACGAAUGGGGGAGAGCGGGGGAGGGCGAGUAUGGGUGGGUGGGGGCUUGGGGCGUUUAAUGAGGAGGGGAAGGAUAAGGAUAAAGAUAAGGAGGAGGAUGAGGAAGAGGAUCAGAUGGAUUGGGAUCAGGCUCAGGCCGUCGUCGAGCGUAUGGUAGGCAUGAAGCCAAACGAUGCCACACCCACAGGUCCCACGCAUCCCGAACCUCGUCGAAGACCUGCCUGACAACCCGUCGUGGUUGUGUUUCGUGUACGCUAUUUCUUGUCGCUUUCAUAUGCUUUUUUUUCUUCUUUGCUUUUGGUUGGACGGACGGAUGGAUAGUCGUCUUGCAUCUGUAUUAUUCUAUGCGCACGUCAUUAUGCUUCAACCCUCUCAGAACCCGGAAUAUCACGAAGUGCGACGACGUUCUUC